AUGCCAGUCAAACCUGUUGGGCGGAUAUGUGGGCAGAUGUUGAAGAACUUCUCUGGAAGAAUCGAGGGGAUCCAGAAAGCAAUCAUGGUCCUUAAAGAUAAGUUUAAAGAUGAAUUCCCUACCGUCCUAAGAUUAUCACAGUCUAAUCAGAAAAGAGAACCCGUGCAAAAAACAUCCAAAAUCAGAAUGGCUGUUGCUUUAGCCAAGAUCAACCGAGGAACAUUAAUUUGAGGAUUAAACAGCAUAUCCAGAUCCUCCAAAUCAGUUGCCAGACUUCUGCAGCCUCAGCUUGCUUGCAGACUUUUAGAGUUAAGGGACGUAUCUCUUCGUCUGCUCAAGGAAGUUAAUGCACCAAAGCAACCCCUAUAUAACAUGCAGGUCAGAAACGGAUCUUUGUUUGAAAUCAUUUCUUUCCCAGCAAAGACUGCUUUAACUAGCAUAAUGUAUGCUUCAUACGCAGCACUCAUUUAUUUGACAGUCUGUGUUAAUGCUGUGCUGGAGAAGGUAAUGACAAUUUUCCAAGAAGAAGAAUCCAUAAGGCAAAACAGAGGGGAGAGUGAAAAUCUUAGAAAAGCCUUUUCUGAGCCUGUGCUUUCUGAGCCUCUGUUUCCUGAAGGUGAAAUCAAAGCAAAACCUUACAGGUCAUUACCGGAGAAGCUGGAGAAUAUUUCAGAUCGCCCCAGACUUCCUGCUAAUAAGUUGAGGAAUAAGAUCCAGGUUUUACAUUCUGUGUUUGACCCAUCAACUGAAAUGAAUGAAUGAGCAAAUCUGAACUUAAAUAUCACUGAACAGAGCUUAAGAGUUAUCUAAUGACAUUGCAUCUGACAAAAUUAGGAAACUAGUUUUCAUAUUCUAACUGCUCUGCUUUGAAAAAAUAAAAACGGUCGGGGGGACUACUGCUAAAAUGUCAUUCUCAAGUAUUUAUAUGGUGGAGAAAAUAAAAUAAUCGAUGUAGUAUAUAUGACUAUGGAUAUUUUUUAAUGAACCAGAAAAUUGGUGGGUUAGACGCUAUGCUAUGGUUUAUAAUAUGGGCAUGUUUAUAAUAUGUUUAUGUUUUUAUUAGAGACUCAUUUAGAGUAUCUCUCCAAUUACUUAUCUGGGAGGGGAAAAAACCCUCCCUGUUAAAAUGCUACAUAUCUUUUUCAGAGAUAAUAAAAGGAUAUAUAUAUUUUCUAUCUACAGGCUGUAUAGUUUCAGUCUGCCUAUUAUCAGUUAUUUUAAAACUCAUCUGUAAAGUUAUGAAGAACUUGUAAUUCAUAGAUGUAAAUUUAUAAAACAAAAUAUUGUUUACAAAUCUGAUGAGGUCUGUAUAUGAGAGCAGGACAUGACAUGACAUUUUUAAUUUCCACAUCUAGAGGAACAAAUUAAGAACCAGAAGCCAAGUCCAUAUGACUCAUUGUUGCCACUGGAUCCUGAGAAAAAAUGCUUGUGAUUGGCCCUGCAAACCAGGGUCCUGGUUUUGCCUGCAGGAGGUACUUUGGUUUCCGCCAUGCAUUUUAAAAUCUGGACACAUGUUAAGUCACUGGAGGAUUAGCACCUGAUAUAAUAGGCUGGGAUGUACCCAUCCCAGAGAUGGCACAUUUCCUGUACCUGAUGAGUAGCUGCUGCCAAAAAUAGUAUUUAU